AUGCGGUUGUACUCAAAGCAAUUAACUGCCGACACUGGUAGCUUGAAGGUAAGGUGCGCAGUACCAAUGAAGAAACAGAAUCGUCCUCUGCUCUAUCAGCUGUUUGAAGCUCUCAUUUCGAGGCGUCACGAGGAACUGUCAAACAAAACAGCUAUCUGGCAUGUACCUGAUCCGAGACAGUUGGAAAGAACAGCUGAGGCUAGAAUCAAAGGUGAAGAAUGUGUUCAAACGGAGGGAAACCUUUUGGUUCAUUCAAUCACAUUUGAGCGUCUCAUCUGCGAGGCUUCCAAUUUAGCCAGCCGAAUUUCGUACGAACUUCGAAAUCAGGGUUUGUUGCCUAAACUGGAUAACGAUGGAGGGGACGCACUUAAUGGCAGCGAACUGUGGGACGAUGAAACUCUUCAAGAAAACACCGUUGUAGCGAUUUUUAUGCCGCCCGGUAUUGAUAGGAUUGUUGCGCAGUGGCUUUGGAGUAGUAACGUGCAGCAAGAUGAAAACCGCGACUGGUGCAUUGGGGCGAUGCAGAUAUCCUCUAGUUGUGAAGUUCACUUGGCAAGCACGGCAUGCGUUUUUGUCGACGCUUUCACCGAACUAUUUGGAGCUCUUUUUGCUGGUAUCCCCGUGGUAGUCCCCGGAGGCCCUGAUUGUGCUAGCGAAGUAUGCGUUUCCGACCUACGUAUCCUGAUUCGGUUGAUUCGCCAGUUCCGUAUUACCCGACUGACUACAGUACCAAUGCAACUCAAAGUUUGGAUACAACAAGGACGUCAAAUUCCUGAAAUGGUGUACAAUGAUUGUAGCUCAACACUGAACACUGUAGUUGUCAGUGGCGAUAUACUUCAUCCGCAACUAGCUGAAGAGUUCUUCCCGAGUGAGCAUCCCCAUCGCGUCCGACUGAUCAACUUCUACGGGACCACCGAAGUGGCCGGUGAUGUGACUGCAGCAGUCUUCUGCAAUCGUAACGAGGUGCGCAUGGCAACAAAGCAGUUGGAUUUUGCUAAGCGCGAGGGUCUGAUUCGGGAAAAUCUUUCAUUUAUUGCUGUUGGUAAACCCAUAAGCAAUACUGCUGUGUAUAUUGUCCAAAAGUGCGAAGACUGUCUAGACGCUUGUGGGAAACGUGGUCGUGGUUGUGCGAAUGGCGUUGAAGCAGAAAAGCCGACUGUCACUCAUGCAAUUCAAAACUGUGCAACCAACAACCUUUCCGUAAUUGGAGAUGAAUUAUAUCCCGUAGACUGGAAACGUCUUGGAUAUGAAUUAUGUGAGAUGGGCAGUGUCGGAGAAGUUGCUGUUACUGGGCUGCCUACUUCAGGAUUAGUCGAACCAGCAAACAACCGGAUGGAUGUCACCAGCUGCAAGACGAUGAAUGGUGAGAAUGCUCCUCUCUCUCACAAACCUCACGUCAAACAAGCAGCCGUUAAUUUCCCUGGAGAUCUUGGGUUUAUCUGCCCCAGGAACAAUCUUCUGUACAUUUGCGGUCGUUCGGAUGAACUGGUAAAAAUAAAUGCGGUUGGCUUCCUGGCCAGUGAUGUGGAUCGUUUGUUGCUCAGGUUAAAAGGAAAAGGCUUGCGCAGUGUACAGCAGUACAUGUCCUCUUUGGAGAGUAAGCUUUGUGGCUUCCAUGAAUCUGUCACUCUACCCAUCAAGCAUCCGGUACAUAAGAGCAGUCAACUCGUCUGCUUCUAUGCUGUGCAGUCGAUUGCGGCAAAGGACUCAGAAGAGAAGGUCAAUUCAUCCGUAUCAAUGAACACAGUUUUGGGAGAUGCAGUGCGAUGUGUCACACAAACAAUGCUUAUCAAACGUGGUUCAACUUUGUGGAACGAACUGUCGCCAAAACCAUGCGAACUAUCAACUCUCAUUGCAAACUAUGUCCCAGUAUAUAUUCGACCAGUGUUUGUGCCGGUAACUCAUAUCCCCAUCAUGCCAACAAGUGGAAAAGUGGACAAACAGCUUUUACGAGCUUUGUAUGAAGAGCCGUUUGCCUCGGAAAGUGGAAUGCAUCAGGGCUUCCAACCAGAUUCACUCAAUGAAAUACCCUACCCAAUUUCUCAAAACGAGAAUGGCAUCAACCGCGAACGAAAACAUCGGGAAGUGGCAAGAGCAGCUCUGAGGAAAGUCUUGGGAUUGCAGCGAGGCAGCUCCAGUGGAGGAACCGCACGACCACGGGAUGAUGAAGACUUUUAUUUGCUUGGAGGAAAUUCUUUAGUGGCUGUUUUGGCACUGGAAAGUUUGCGGCAACUUGGAUUUACGGUGCGCCUGGAAACAUUUUAUCACACAAGCAACAUUGGGCAAAUCUUGGACUCGUUGGUUCACUCGGAGAGUACUGUGACCCCGACUAAAUACGGCAAUGAGCCGGGAAGAAUCCACGACGGAAGCAUGAAAAACGGAGAAUUGAUUGAGGCGGAGGAACAGUUUGCUGAUAGGUUCGGGAACGAAACAAUUGACCUGAUCGACUGGAACAGUGGCCGUGGUAAUUUGACCUGCGAACAAGAUCCAAAAUAUGAGGAGAUACAAAAAUUACUGAUUGAUAUUUUUGAAGAAAAAGACGUUUUGACACACGCAUUUGGGCUUACGCGAACAGACCUCAAAAAUGCCGUCUCCACUUAUUUAAGGCAUAAUAACUGCGGCAUUGUUCUGCUCGCUUUCCGCCCUUGGAGUGAUAUUCAUCCGUUCUCAAUUACGGAAGACAGCAAACUAGUGGGCGUGUUACUUGCCAUACCAUCGGCACAAAUGCCUGACUUGCCGGAAAAAUGGCCUCGUUUAAAUUUGCUGCAGCGAUAUUUUGACUUCUGCUGCACACCGGUUGACGCUACUUUAAUGAAUGAUGCCCCAUUGAGGAAAGCGGCUCUCACUGUCAUCAUGGUUGGUGUCCUUCUAUCCACAUCGGACGAGUUUUCACACCAUGACUUUUCUGUCAGGGCCAGAUGGAACCGGGUUAUGUUGGAAAUACUCGCACGGCUGGAACGACAACUUGUCAGAGUGGCCAAGGCGAAAGGGUACAAGAUGAUUGAAACACUGAAUACUUAUGAUAUUACCAGGGAAGUUUGCAUGGACCUUGGCUACAAGCUAAUGAACACAACUCGUAUGCAAGCUUUUGCUUUAAAGGAAAACAUCGAAGUGGAUCCGAAGUACCAUGAUCAUCACAGUUAUUAUAUGGUGAAGUACUUGACCGAUUAGUGCGCCCGUGAACUUUGUUACCUUAUGUCAUCUAUGUUUAUGCCAGAGUGCUCCUACAUAGGGUCAAUCUGUGAACCAAUAGCAUCGUCCCAUUGUCAACCAAACGCAGC